AACGAUCCCCGCCUUCCCACUUUUUUGUAUUGAUUUCUACCCCAGCUUUUCGCAUAACGAAAACCAUGUGGCGCCCAAUCAAGGGAACUCCCAGCUUCGUUGUCUCUGCCCAUUCGGGACAUUGACCAUGAAGAGCCUCGUUGUCAGACUUCAACGACACCUCCAUCGCUUGGGGAAAGCUUCCUCCGGUUGGGCCAUUGCAAGUUCCAGCUUCGAUGGUACCCCCUUUUUUCCCCCGAUCCGUGUCAAGCUUGCGACGCAAAGUAGUUGCGACUCACAUCGGACCACUCAAUGAAAAACAUGGUUCGGGUGUUUCCCGUUUUCAGAGGAAUAAGGGGUCAAUUCAAGGGUGCCAGCGAGUGCAACGUCCGUUUCCAGGCUGUGUUCGGUCAAUGAAUGCCAUUUGGAGAACAAGAGCAAAAUUUCCCGUCUUCUGAGCUGCCGAGAGCGGAGAUCCGCCCCCCCCAUUACCAAUCGAGCUUUUGGCCUGGUCAGUCAUCUAUCUCCAUGACCGUCAAUGACGACGAAGCUCCGUCAGCGGACGACCAGCAACUGUCUUCCUUGCACACCGAUGUGGUGGUGGUGUACCUCGUGGAUCUGCUGGGAUUUGGGGUCCACGAUUUGCAGAUCCUCGAAGCCUGGCCGGGUGCGGAAUGCUAGCGUCAGCCUCUCUCAUAGGGAAAGACACAAAAAUCAACAGAGACAUUCGGGGUAAACUCGGUGGGCAGGCACAACAGCCGGACAUCCUGGUUGGCUGACCUGUGACUGAGUGACUGGCAGGUGCCCUGGGUCGGUAUCAACGAAAUCAUCGAUGAUGAUGAUGAUGAUGAUGAUGGUACAGCAGCUCACCUCGCAGGCACAUCCGACGCCUGGGUCGGUGGAAUGUACUAGAUCAAGUCACCAAACAGUCGACAUCGAGCAUUCCUAGCAUUCGCUCCCGUUCGACACUCUUCAACCACACCACACCACUUACAAUGGCUGGGUUCAAACUCUCGGCAGGCGUUGGCCUUCUUGGCCUCGCUGCUAGAUCGCUUGCCGUUCCCGCUCCCAUCUACUCGGAGCCCACCACCACCUUCUCGGUCCCCAAGGUCACCGGAGUGGUUGAGCCCGUUACCAAUGUAACAUCUCAUGGGCCCUACCUCUCCAUGGAGGCCACACCAACUACUACUGGUGCCUUGUCGACGUCCGUCCUUGCUCCCUCAGUUCCAGCUCUUCCGCCUGGGCCAGACGCUUACAAGUACCCGAGUGAUGGGCAACUUCACGCUCCUCAGCCUGCCCCUUACACUCCGGCUGGCGGUGUCGGCACCAACGGCUCUGCUCCCGUUUACAGGGUGCUGUCCGACUUCGACUACCAAUCCAUCGCCCUGGCUCUACACCAGGAAUGGAUUGAGCUCGAUCUCUUCCACUGGGGUCUCGCCACAUUCUCAGUUGAGGACUUUGAGGAGGCCGGCCUCACUGCUGAGGACCGUCACUUGAUCGAGUUCAUGGCAGACCAGGAGGUCGGCCACGCUACUCUGCUCAGCAACAUCCUUGGGCCCUCUGCCCCCAACCAGUGCACCUACAACUACCCUGCCACGAAUGUGCACGAGUUCAUCGACUUUUGCCAGAAGUUGACUCGCUACGGAGAGUCCGGUGUCUACGGCUUCCUUAACCACCUCAACGCCCACGAUGUCGGCCAGCUGCUGCUGCAGUCCAUCACCACCGAGGCCCGUCAGCAGAUGAUCUUCCGCCAGUUCGAGGGUCUCUUCCCCAUGCCCGUGUGGUUCGAGGUCGGCAUUCCCCAGUCCUGGGCCUGGUCUCUUCUCGCUCCCUACAUCUCUUCGUGCCCCGAGAACAACACCCGUCUAAUCUGGCAGAACUACCCGGCCCUCAACAUCCUGAACCAGCCCAAUCCGUUCCGCAUCAACGGCUCUUACGUAUGGAACGAGACCACGGACGGCGGCUACGCCAACACGGCCUCGUACCAGGACAUUGACGAGAGCGAUGACUGCACCAAGUCGACGGACGUUGGCGUCUCGUGCGCCCCCGGCAUCACCCGCAACCGCUCCAUGCCCCUCUCGUACCCCGGCCGCCAGGUCUUCCUUGAGUGGGACGAGCCCGGCAAGCCCAUCGGCCCCAACAACUCGUAUGUUACCGACACCCAGGCUGGUGCGCCCAAGUUCGCCGCGUGGGUCUCGCAGCUCAACGUCACAUACUCGCCUCUGGAGAACAUCCAGGGCAACAGCGCCUACACGGUCCAGCCUGAUGUCAGCACUUUUGAUGGCAACCCGGCUAUCAACGGUACGAUCUUCCUUGUCUUGACUGAUGAGGAUCUGUAUGUUACUCCGUACAACUUGACGCAGCUGAACCCUCACGUUUAUGCUGUUGGCAUGUACCAGUCUGGUUAAGGGGUUGCAACAAUUUCUUUAAUGUUUAUACCCGGUGGUUUCGAACACAGUUUUGUGCGGCUGCCUUUGUAGUUGUAUGAUUAUUCAUGAUAUGAUGAAUGACUGGAAGGGAAAAGGAGAUGUACAUGAUGGAGGUGGUGAAUAGAUGAAGUGUACAGUGUUUCUCUUUUGGUGUCGGUGUUUGGCUGGAAUUAUGGUACCCUAAUUACGACUGUCUUGUUAGUGACUAUUCAAUAAUGCCUACAUUACAUUGUUG